AUGCCCACAUGUUUUGCCCUUUUGAAGAUACCCACAGUUCGGACACAUUCAGCUUCAAGUAUUCGUCUUCACAAACAACGCAAAUUGAGUAAGGUAGCCAACGUUUCUUGCCAUCAUUUCGACGCUAAGGGAGGUCAAUCUCCAGAAAUGGAACAAAUGACUUCUCCACGAUUCAUUAGCACAUUUGGUCUGAAAUAUUUUAAAGCUUCUCAAACAUACUCGCUGCUUUACCCACGAGUCAAUACUAUGAAGGCCCAUAUCACAAGUUUACAGGAGGUUUCAACAGUUUCAUUGUUCACCUAUAGCCUCCAGGCUUAUCAUAAUCCUUUCUUAUCAGUAGUUCUAGGUCAGUUGAUACACGCUGCGAUAUUGCGCCUCAACAAGGUUCAGGAGUCGAACUGCACAUACAAAUAUGACUUGAAUGAACUUCUGAUGUUUGUCUAUUUCUCCUUCAUCUAUUUCCCCCGAAUCAGUCUAUUUUACUCAUUGCAUCAUAUCCUCACCGACUACUUAUUUCCAAAACAAAUGUCACUGGGUCUACACACCGACUACGUUGCUUCACUUAACCUUCCAUCUUCUGGACAAAAAUUAUCAGAGCUAGAUACGAGACGCAUAAAGUACGUGCAUCUACUCAACGAUCGUUUAGUGGCGCAGAUCAUCAUAGAUAUUCUCCAAAGUCUCAACCCUUGUCACUGGAGAAGGGGUUCCCUCGAUGCCAAGCCUGCAAGGAGUCGAAUGCGGAAGGCAUGGCUGCGUGAAUUUGCUUUUGCGACUACGAUAUUCGACUUCAGUUGCUCGUACACGGCCGCCUCGAUGCAACUUCGACUUGGAGUCGGGUAUAUCCAUGUGCACAACUGGAUGGUUGCAUCUCUUCAACCCCUCCGGUUCAAUCGCCAUGUUGUUUAUUGUCAUCCACCCAACACCGCCAAUGUGUUCCAUUUUCUUAUCUCUAUAACUGAAAACAGACUCAGUGCCUUCGGUAGCCUCAGCAUCACCACCUUGAACGUCUCGUUGAGGAAGCCCCAGAAGUGGAUAGCGGCAUUCCAAGCAUGCCCCUUCCCACUCAAAGAGAAUUACUUUCAAUACAACAAUAGAGAAAUCUCAAUACUCGAAGGCCGCUCGUUGCAUAAAGAUCCUUCAUAUUCCCAUCACAAAUCUACAGGCUCUUCCACGAGACCUGGUGAUGCAUUGGACAUUUCACAAAUCACAUAUGCUUUUUUAGGACAGGCAACCGUUAGGAACAAAAGGACUUUCAUCCUACGCCUCGAUCAUAACCAUACCUCCAGAGGUUUAAGUUCAUUCAGCGGUACUUCAAACCCAUCCGCCAUCGUCCGCGGCCAUACGCCGGGCCUGAAUGAAGGCCAAUAUCCAUGUUACUACGGACCUCCUUCACAUGUCCUCGCAAGUUAUGCCGAGAAGGCUUUCACCCACCAAAACUUCCUUCUCCCACUGAUUCGAUUAAGGGGUCCAACAAUGCGACUUCUGUAUGAUGUACCUUGGGACAGGAUCGACCUUCCAGAUAUACUCUUCGACUAUGACCGCUCAGCAAAUGCUCCCAUCCAUCUUGCAUCCUAUCUACCUACGUCUAGAAAUCUAGCGAGACUACACAGAGACUCUUCGGCGUACGAAAAACAAAACAUCUUUGCAGAAUGGACACAAAUCCCAUACAAUUGA